ACUUUAUUUGACCUGUUCUAGGUUCUGCAAAGCACUUUACAGUGUUCAUUAUUUUUUGAGUGGGGCAAAAAAGUAUUUCGUCAGUCACCAGUUGUGCAAGUUCUCCCACUUAAAACGAUGAGAGAGGCCUGUAAUUUUCCUCAUAGGUUCACUUCAACUAUGAGAGACAGAAUGGGGGGAAAGAAUCCAGGAAAUCACAUUGUAGGAUUUUACUGAAUUAAUUGGUACAUUCCUGGGUAAAAUAAGUAUUUGGUCACCUACAAACAAGCAAGAUUUCUGGCUUUCACAGACCUGUAACUUCUUUAAGAGGCUCCUCUGUCCUCCACUCGUUACCUGUAUUAAUGGCACCUGUUUUAACUCGUUAUCAGCAUAAAAGACACCUGUCCACAACCCCAAGCAGUCACACUCCUAAGUCCACUAUGGCCAAGACCAAAGAGCUGUCAAAGGACGUCAGAAACACAAUUGUAGACCUGCACCAGGCUGGGAAGACUGAAUCUGCAAUAGUUAAGCAGCUCGGUGUGAAGAAAUCAACUGUGGGAGCAAUUAUUAGAAAAUGGAAGACGUACAAGACCACUGAUAAUCUCCCUCGAUCUGGGGCUCCACGCAAGAUCUCACCCCGUGGGAUAAAAAUGAUCACAAUAACGGAAACGGAUGGAGCAGAUGAAAAGUCCAUGGAGGGCACUUCAGAACCAGGACCGUUUAUGGAGGUCGAACAGGUGGAGCCUGCAUGUGGAUCUUCCCCUCAACCUUCUGGGGAGCAAGAGGUGGAUAAUACUGAUGCUGCAGAAACAAUGGAAAGUAAAGAAACAAAAUGUGAAGAACCUGAUGCUGAUGUGGUCACGCCACACGGGUCCCCUUCAAAGUCUGUUCCUGCAGACGAGACACUCAGGAUGAUUCGGGUUUACAGCUACGAGUCGGAGACCGGAAAAAAGGAUCCUGAGGUCAAAACCGAGGAGGAGUUUGAAGUAAAAGAGGAAAACACGGAGGACCAGGAAAAGAGUCCAGAGGACACGGACACGUCGUCUGAUAACAAGGACGAUGUAAAGAAAGGUGACGUGGACCUGGCUGAGAACACUAAAGAGGACGGCGGCCUGGAGCAGAACCAGUCGCCUGGCUUGAAGUUGAAGAUCUCUACGGUGGAUGACCUUGAUGAGAUGAUGGACAUCGGUACCGUUGAUCAAGUCGAGCAGGAAGCUCAGAUGAAGGAGGAAGAGGAUACCUUGAAUAUGGAGUGCAGCCAUUCCCCCGUUGACUCCAACAGAGUGCGGGAGGACAAGGACUCCGGGGACGAGGAAGUGGACGUGAAACCCACGACGUCGGAUUUGAUGCAGUCCGGCUCGUCUCCGUCGCCUGAAUCCCGGAUGAACGCAGAAAGCCCGUCACCAACAGUAAACGGGAUGAAAGUGGUCAAACUGACCAUACCAAGGAUAGAGGCUGUAAGUAGAAGAUCAUCUCCUCGAAUCAAGGAAAAGCUGAAUGCUGCAACCCAGUCAGUCAAGUCGUCUCCUUCACCACCUCUGGCCACAGUGAAGGACGAGCCGGUGGAUGAGGAGUACGACCAAGCGCUGAUAUCCUCAUCCACCAGCGUGAAAGAUGAGCCAACUAAGGAGGACUUGAACAUCGGAUCGGUUUACUCGGUGUCUGCAACUUCAGAGGCGCAGUCCAGCUCCAACCAGUCAUCGCUGCACAUGUCUUGCUUCAACUGCAAGAAGAGCUUGCUGAAGGGGCAGACGGCUUUCCAGAGGAAGGGUUCCCCGGCCCUCUUCUGCUCCACCGCCUGCCUCACUUCAUCCCUCUCCUCCGUCAAAGGAGCCGCCAAGGUCUGCCACAACUGCCAAAAGUUGAUAUUUCGGCCCCAGGACGUCAUUCUGUCUCCAGAUGAUAAGGGAGCCAUGAAGGAGUUCUGCAGCCAGAGCUGCCUGACGACCUUUAACAUAAAGAAGAGCACCUCCACCAAGACACCUUCUUCCGCAGCUGUAAAAACACCGCAGACCAAAUCUAUCUGCAGCAUGUGCUCCAAAUUGGGCAUCAGUAAGCAUGAGGUGAUCCUGAGCGGCGCCGUCCACAACAUGUGCAGCGACACUUGCUUCAACCGCUUCCGCUCAGUCAACAACCUGUCGAUGGCCGGCUGCGCGAGCUGCGGCUCCUUCCGCCACAGUAAACCGCUCAUGCUCAAGAUGGAGGAGAGCAGCAAGACUCUGUGCAACAACGAGUGUUUGAUCAGAUUUAAAGAGAAAAACAAGAUGGCGCAGCCGUGCACGAUGUGUCGUACCCCUCGUGCACUCGGGCAGAUGGUGGACCAUAAAAACAGCGACGACUCUGUGAAUCUGUUCUGCAGCAACAGUUGUGUACUGGCGUACAAGGUCCAGACGGUCAGCUCCUCAGGCGCUCGGGUGAACUGCGACAGCUGUGGCAAAACGACGGUGCCGUCCUACCACCUGGCCAUGUCGGACACCUCCAUCAGGAACUUCUGCUCUCUGCCGUGUGUCAUGCUUUUUCAGGAAAAGUUUAAGAAGACCCAAGCUAAGGUCAAUGUUUUUACCAAGUUGCCGAUGCCAUCUGACAUGCAGGACGCAGACCUGUCCCAGCCGUCACCCCAAGACAUGAAAGAAUUACAGAAGCUGUUUUGUUUCCAGUGUUCUCAAAGCAUAACUUCUAAACCAGAGCUCAUCCAGAUCAAGGACAAGAUGGUUUUUGUGUGUAGCACCGACUGUUCAAACGCGUACAAGAAGGCCAACUCUGUGAUGAGCCUGUGUGAAUACUGUAAGAUUGAGAAGGUCACCAGGGAGGUGAAAAGAAUCAACAACAAGGACUGCUACUUCUGCAGCGAUGGCUGUAAACUCCUCUCCAGACACGAGAUGGCUAAAAAAUGGGGGAAACACUGUCAGUCCUGCGUUUACUGCCACUGCGUGUCCAAGAAACUGGUGACGGCGCAGUACGGCGGCUCGGUGGAGGAGUUCUGCUCCGAGGAGUGCAGGUCCAAAUACACCAUGCUCUUCUGCCAUGUGGCCAAGUGUGACGCCUGCGGACGUAAAGGGAAACUGAAGCAGAGCCUUCCCAUGCUGGGAGAGGUUAAACACUUCUGCGGUCAGAACUGCCUGCUGAAGUUCUGCAUCGAUAAGGUGGCCACUCAAGGUGAAAUGACAAAAGACGGUAUCGGGGAGCCCAGUCCUGUUAUCGCCAACGUCAUGUCGCUCGCGUCCUCGCGGGGAGGAAGGGCCAACGCUUCUGACAAACCCUCCCAGCAAAGCUCGGCAUCCAACUUCAAAUCAAAGAACUUCGGACAUAUCAGCAUUCAGACGGAGACGCCGAAGUGUCAACCUCCUCCUCCUCCUCCCCCCAAAAUCCUGAAGAACAAGGCUUUGCUUUGCAGGCCGCUGGUGCAGAACAAAGGCGUCUCCUGCAAAACGCAGACGGCUGAUGUUGAGGCUCAGACGGAUGACUCCUUCCCCAAAGUCAUCGUGCUGCCGAUUCCAGUCCCGAUUUACCUCCCGGUGCCCAUGAACAUGUACAGCCAGUACAGCCCCAACCCCGUGGGCCUCCCGAUACCUCUGCCCGUGCCAAUGUUUCUGCCUGUGACGAUGGAUAGCGCCGAACGCAUCGUGGAAACCAUUAAGGAGAUCAAACAAAAGAUCCCAUCGGAUCCGUUCGAGGCAGAGCUCAUCCUCAUGGCUGAGAUGGUGGCGGAGCAAGAGGAGAAGAACGACAAGCAGGAGCCGCGGAAAGAAAAGCAGCUGGGGAAAGAGACGGAGAGACAAGAGGCGCCAGAUGACCACAUGAGUAACUACAGCGAUGACUUGGAUACAGACGACUUGGCAAGCUUCCUGAACAACUGGGAGGACACCUCCUCCGACGCGGGUCUCAGGUCGCAGGGUCGACCGUUUGUUUCAGAGAAGCUCAGCACGAUUAUGGACGUCCCCGUCGGCGCCGCCAGCGACUCUUUAUCUGAAUCCCUGCAUCAUGAACCGCCUCCAGGUCCCCCUCCGGGUCCACCUCCUCUGGACAUUGAGGCCGACUUCACUGUUGAAACUCUGGAGAUGUUGGCCCGGCUGAGGGCCCAGAACGACAGAUCCCCGAGUCCUCCACCGACGACAUCACGGCGACGACAAGCUCCCAGGAAAGCCAGAGAUAAGAAGGGUCGUAAGCUGCAGCGGACGUCGAAACCUCCUGAUCAGACUUCUCCAAGAGCAUCUUCCAAGAAGGCUGUGUCCGUAGAGAACCCGAAGCUGAAGAGCCAAUAUGGAGUCGAUGCGUGGAAGCGAUGGAUCCAGUGGAGGAAAACCCAGCCUAACGUGGAGCAGCCUCGCUUUGGCUCGCGCCCUCUGGAACUGAGGGAGGAUAUUCUUCGCUGCACCACCGCGGAGCUCAGCUACGGCCUGUGCUGCUUCAUCGGUGAGGUGAAACGACCAAACGGAGAUCCCUACUCCCCCGACAGCCUGUUCUACCUCUGCCUCGGCAUCCAACAGUAUCUGUUUGAGAACGGCCGUGUGGAGAACAUCUUCAUGGAUCGCUUCUACAACAAGUUCUCCACCGAAUUCACGGAGCGACUGAAAGGUUUCCAACCCCAAAUCACAGCCAGCGGUUACGUCCAUUCCCGGGUGGAGGAGGACUUCCUGUGGGACUGCAAGCAGCUGGGGGCGUACUCCCCCAUCGUCCUGCUCAACACGCUGCUCUUCUUCUGCUGCAAGUACUUCGGCUUCAUCACGGUGGAGCAGCACCGCCAGCUGUCGUUCGCUCACGUCAUGCGCUGCACCAAAACCAACCCCGACAACAGCAAGACCACCUUCCUGCGCUUCUACCCGCCCUUAUCCAUGAACGACGCCGAGUCAGAUCCAGAUACGGUUCCAGCAAAGAGGCGCAAGGAGGAGGAGAGUAAAGAGGAGAUAUUGGAGAUGAUGGAGAACACCGACAACCCUCUCCGCUGUCCGGUCAGGCUUUACGAGUUCUACCUCUCCAAGUGCUCUGAGUCGGUGAAGCAGCGCACCAACAUGUUUUACCUCCACCCGGAGCGCUGCUGCGUCCCCAACAGCCCGCUCUGGUUCUCCUCCACCCCCCUGGACGACACCACCAUGGAGGCCAUGCUCACCCGCAUCCUCUCCGUCCGGGAGCUGCACAUCAAGAGCAGGAAGGACCACGGCUCCGACUGGCUGGAGUCCCGGGACCCGUCGUUUCUACCAGACGACGAGGAAGACGAGGAUUCGGAGUAACGCAGAGCGAUGAGAACCGAAGUGACCUUUUUGUUGGUGUUGCAACUAGUUCUGUAAAUGUCUGUAAAUAAAUGGAAACACUCACUAAAACACACUCGCCGGUGUGCUGAACUGUUAAAGCACCUGAACUACAUUUUGAUUAGGAGUUUCUGUAGGCGGGACUGAGGCGGUAGACUCU